GGAUAUAUUUGGUUUGCCAUGGAGAAUCCGCACGAGCAGCAACAAAAUGCUUUACUUGGAAGAAUUGUACUCAAUGUGACAAAACUUAACAAUUCCGUCAAUGAACUUAAUGAAAGAUUAGAGGAACUGAGCAAAAGCAACAAUGAUAUUACAACGAUCGCGCAAAUGUGGGCAGCUUACAGCGCUUCUGUUCAAAUUCACCUUGAAACCACCAAGAGCUUUUCCGAAGCUCUCUAAAGCUGGUGUAUUAUGGUCUUAAUCAUUUAUUCCCUCUUACCUGUAUAUAUUCUCUCGUCCAAAUCCGCAAUUUCCACAUAGUUCUCCGUAUAAUAUAUAAAAGUGAAGCAACUGCGUUUUGCUCUGCUCAUUGACCAGUCUAUUGGCGUGACAACCACUCUCACAGCCAAUUGAAGUUACGAUGUGCAC